AUGUCCCAUCGUACCCUGAAGCAUAGUUUGCUUCAGGGUUGUGUUAAACCUUACCCACAGGCAGCAGAGGAAACAGCAGUUGCAGCACGUCAAAGAGCAUCGCGAGUCAUUCCCUGGUGUCUUUCUCAUUCACAACGCCGUAUCCCUUCCCUUUCCCCUUGUCCUCCCAACUCCGCACUUCCUGCUCGUCCCAAACCCCCAGUGGCAGCACAGGAGGAGGAGGAAGCAGCAGUGGCAGCAGCAGAGGAGGAGAUUCUGAGCGAGGAGGAGGCGCUAGACGCACCGGACCCGCGGGCAGCCGUGAACGAGUCCGACCCCGCGGUGCUGCGCGUGAUUGAGGAGCGGCGCAAGCGCAGGGAGGCGGCGCGGCAGAAGUACAAAGAGGAGCUGCUGGCCAUGGUGAACGAGGUGAAGCAGGCGGCUGCUGCGCCGGGCGGGCUGAAAGAGGAGGAGACGGUGGCGGAUGUGUCGAACGUGCCGCUGCAGUACGGCGCCACGGAGAUCACUCAGCUGGGUGAAGUGGUGGGGAAGGGGGGAGGAGGCGAGAAGGCAGGAAACGCGGAUGUGCAAGGGGUGACUGGGGGGCAAAGGGCUGCUGGUGGUGAUUCGAAUGGGGUUGCUUCGGAGGAUGUGCAUGCCCAGUCAGAAAAGAUGAUUCGCGCGCUGCGCAUGGUGCGCGACGCGUGGGUGUUCUUCACGGGCAAGCAGGACUCUGAGCUGGUGCGGCAAACCAAGCGGCUGCAGUUCGAAGCUGCCAAGGACUCGGAGCCGGUGCGGCAGACGAAACGAUUGCAGUUCGAAGCCGCCAAGGUGAGACAAUCUAUUAAGAAAUCUUCAAGGAGUGGUGAGGACCGGUUGUGUGGGAUGGGCGCGUGGGUGUUCUUCACGGGCAAGCAGGUCUCGGAGCUGGUGCGGCAAACCAAGCCGCUGCAAUUCGAAGCCGCUAAGGUGAGACGCACACCUGGACGAGACCAUGCUGAGGGCCCUGUGGGUGUUGCAGCAGCAGGUGCAGGAGGAGCGUAUGCCAAGGGCUCUGCGGGUGGAACAGCAGCAGAUGGUGGAUUCUUCCUUCUGAGAACGAUUUUUGAGUCGACUCAAAAAUCGUCUCAUCACAGCAGCGGAUCUGAGAGUCCUGCGCGUGGCACAGCAGCAGGUGGUGGGGGAGGAGGGCUCUCACUAACAUCGUGUUGUUGCCCUUCCUUUCCUUGUUCCUCUCCCUUCUCCUUCCGCCCUUUCCCAAUCCAGCUGAGGGCGCUGCGGGUGGCACAGCAGCAGGUGGUGGAGGAGACGGUUCUGGAGCAUGUGAGACGAGUGGUGGGGGAGAUGCAGCAUCCCACUCUCUUCUCCUUCUCCUCCUUCCCUCCUCUUCUCCCCGCUAUCCCCAUCCAGUUGAGGGCGUUGAGAGUGGCACAGCAGCAGGUGGUGGAGGAGACAGCUCUGGAGCAUGUGAGGCGAGUGGUGGGGGAAAUGGAGCAGCUGAAGUAG